UAAUAGUGACGGUGUUGGUGCCAGACGUAAGAGGACGAAGACGCUACCGCCGCGGGAGUAAUGUCUUCGUCCAGAGGAUUCUUGUUAUUGAGAAAAUUUGAAGGAAUUCAUCAUCCAUUAGUGAAGUUAUGUGGCAGCCAGAGAUGCACGAGACCUUACAGUCAGGUCACAAGAAAAACUCCAAAUUUCGGUCUACUGUUCGACAUAGAUGGUGUAAUAAUCAGAGGGAAGCGUAUCCUGCCCACAGCACCUGAGGCAUUUAACUUGCUGGUUGAUAAAUCCAACAAGUUUUGUAUUCCAACUGUGUUCGUCACAAAUGCUGGUAAUGCCCUGCGGAGUGAGAAGGCGGACCAGCUUUCACAGUGGCUGGGAAUUGAGGUUCAUGAAGACCAAGUGGUGAUGGCACACUCCCCACUCAAGAUGUUUGACCAGUAUCUGAACAAGCAAGUGCUGAUAUCGGGCCAAGGUCCUACUCAAGAAAUAGCCCACAACCUUGGUUUCUGCAACACAACAACUGUAGAUGAGCUGCGUCAGGCAUAUCCUCAGCUGGACUGUGUGGACCACAAGAGACGUAGUAUGAAGGCGGUUGAAUCAGUAUCACAGAUUCCUAAACUCGAUGCCAUAAUGUUGUUCGGAGAGCCAGUGAGGUGGGAGACAUCACUUCAGCUGCUGGUAGACGUGUUGAUGACGGGAGGAGAUCUGUUAGGUAAACCCACAGCUCCAUACCCCCACCUGCCGAUACUGGCCUGUAACAUGGACCUUCAGUGGAUGGCUGAGGCUCACAUGCCAAGGUUUGGUCAUGGGGCUUUCUUACUGUGCCUGGAAGCUCUCUACAAGAAGGUGACCGGCAAUGAUCUCAUCUAUACUGCUCUGGUUGGCAAGCCAUCAGAGAUCACUUACUACCAUGCAGAGACUAUGGUGCAGCAUCAUGCCAGGUCCAUAGGAAUCAAUCAUCCUAUCACUAAACUCUAUGCAAUUGGAGACAAUGUCCACACAGAUAUAUUUGGAAUGAACUUGUAUCAAGAGUACGUAAGGAGACACCGGGGCAGUAAGAAGCGUGUUGCUAUGCAGGGUGCACGAGGCCUUGAUCUCUCCACUCAUGAUUUCAAGGGUCUUAUGGCUGACCAGUGUUACUCUGUACUAGUUCAG